CGGCUGCUUCUGAGGAUUCUCUCCUGUCAUGGCCUUGGGAAUAAGAUGCUUUCGCCUACUGCACCCUGCCUUUAGCAGUUACCUGGCUGAUUUGAGCAGACCUGUUUCAGAAGUUCCCAUGAAGACAGAGCGUGGAAGACAACAUGACCAUAUACAGUACUCAGCCUACCCAGCAGUGCCAGUUCGCCAUUUUGCAACCAAGAAGGCCAAAGCCAAAGGGAAAGGACAGCCCCAGGCCAGAGUGAACAUUAACACUGCCUUGGUUGAGGACAUAAUCAGCUUGGAGGAGGUGGAUGAAGACAUGAAAUCCGUGAUGGAAGCACUUAAAGAGAAUUUCAAUAAGACUCUCAACAUAAGGACUGCACCAGGAUCCCUUGAUCAUAUUACUGUGGUAACUGCUGAUGGGAAGCUUGCUCUAAACCAGAUUGGCCAGAUCUCCAUGAAGUCGCCACAGUUGAUUCUGGUGAAUAUGGCCAGCUUCCCAGAGUGUACAGCUGCAGCUAUCAAGGCUAUAAGAGAAAGUGGAAUGAAUCUGAACCCAGAAGUGGAAGGAACACUAAUUCGGGUACCCAUUCCUAAAGUAACCAGGGAACACAGAGAAAUGCUGGUGAAACUGGCCAAACAGAACACCAACAAAGCCAAAGAAAAUUUACGGAAGGUUCGCACUAAUGCAAUGAAUAAACUGAAGAAGUCAAAGGACAAAACCUCGGAGGACACCAUUAGGCUCAUCGAGAAGCAGAUCAGCCAAAUGGCCGACGACACAGUGGCGGAGCUGGACCGGCAUCUCGCAGCAAAGACCAAAGAACUUCUUGGAUGAAAGUCAGCAAUCGCAGCCGAGCACCAGUGUCUGCUCAUGCAGUGGGUGGCAAGCGUGUGCGCCCACUGCCCUGACCAUCCAUCGGAGGCUGACACUGCUGCUCCUCCGUCAGCCACUCAGCUUCCUGUUGGGGUGCUCAGACUUACGGAAUCUCUUCCUUGUUUCCUUGCUCUGCUCAGAAUCUCCUGGUGUGAAGGCCCUCAGAGAAUGUCUCCUGGUGUGAAGGCAGAGGACCUUUACUCUGGCAGUGACCGUGACUGUGGUGUCACCGCAAGACUAGGGCCACCGUCAGGCUUAGCAGCUCCUCUCUUCAACACAGGAGCCUCCUUUCAAACUGUGAAUCAUCCCCUGCCCUUGUGUUAAACUCAUUUGGAUUAACGUGGACCUUCAGUCCGACUGCUAAUGAUCAAGCUAAAUAAAUUGGAAAAUAACAACCACAGAGGAAAGAGAGAGGUUUGGAUGGAGAAGCCCCAGAGCUUGUUUAUAAAGCAACCAAGGGCAAUGCUUUUGCCUCUGGGUUGUCGUCCCACAUGCUGUUCCACGUGGACCGAGCUUCCGCUCCUAACAAUCAGCCCUGUUUACUGUGGUCAGUUGCUCCCUCUGGGCAGUCUCUCUGCCUCCAGAUUAGGCCCCAGUUUUGGCUGGGCUACUCUUAUUUAAACCUCUGUUUUUCUUUUCUGUUAGUCUAUAUCUGGAGAAAAAUUACCAGAGAGAAUGACACAGUAACACUUGAAGUUGUCCAUGUAUUUAUGCUGUGAGAUUGUUAGCUGCUCUCCAAAUGUUUUUCUUCUCUCUGUCACUCCACUCUUGUCUCUGUCAACAUUUAUUUGGUAAUGAGCUACUGUUUCUCCUGAUAGACAGGUCCUUUGUUGUAACCGUCUUUUUCUUCUUCUUUUCAUUGCUGUAUGCUGUGCCAUCGCUUUCGUGUAGAGGUCAGGUCAGACAGCUCCCAGGAGUCAGCUCUCACCUUGUGGGACGGACCCAGAUCCUCCAUACCAAGCACCUUUGUCUGCUGAGUCAUCUCACUUGCUGCGCUGUGGCUUUCAGUGCCAAGUUAAGUCAGUCUUUUUUCCCUUCCCCUGCAGACAUUCCUUCAUUCAUUUAAUUAUAAUAAAGCUAUAUUUAGGCAUUAUUUGUAAUCACAAAACGAGACAGAUACCUGCACUUACAAAUAUGGAAACUGACACGACAGUGUUAGGUACUGAGUCCUCCAGACAGUGGAGUGGGAAAGUGGUGGGACAUUUUAUUUUCCUUUCUUUUUCUGAUAACAAGGUCACUCUACAUAGCCCUAACUGUCCUGGAGCUCACUCUGUAGACCAACUAUGCCGGCCUUGAACUCAGUACUCCUGCCUCAGCUUCUCGAGUGCUUGGUUUAAAGGUGUGGGCCACUGCCCAGCUAGGGGCAUUUCCAUUGUACAAGAUGCAGUUUCUCAAGCCGUGUCUCACAGCCAGCAAGCAGCUAGGCAGAGAGAAAAGUUGUAGGCUUGAUUCCAGAGUCUGUUCUUUCCACCGAACAGAGUGAGAGGUGAAUGACCAUUUCCACCACAUACCGAGCAGUUCUCUAGUGCAAACCAACCAGGUAUCUGGUAUGGAGUCAAUUCUGAGACAUAACUACCUGUAGAGUCUGGGGUUCUGCACUCCACCCUGAAAAAUGCCCUAUUUUUCUGACAACAAUAGCAAGUCUGGACCACACAAACCUAGUUCUCGGCCCCCUCCUUUGAUCUGCUUAAUCAGCCAGGAUGCUGCUCAGGGCUUGGGAGGUAGGUUUUCUGGCUUUUUACAAAGCAUGCUCUGAGGCGUACAGAUGAACACGAUUCAGGGGAUUAGGGGAGGUGGGAUACUGGGAAGCAGGAAUAUGCUCCGAGGCACCCUGGGUGGCCACAUUCCCAGCACUGCCAGAUUGUCCAACCUGAAGAAGCCACUGCCACCUGCUGUCUUGUCAGGACGCAGUGGGCACCAGCUGUUUCUCUGGUGCCCUAUUACGUGCUAGAACACAGAGGCUGCUGGGCUGUGACCGCUGGCUUUGAGCAGUGCCACUACACUGAGCUGAGUGGCCCUCACAGUGCCCCAAGCAGGAAGGUCUGUUCGAGGUCUGGGUGAUGAGAUGUGGCUCAAGGAACCUGCGCUAGCUAAUAAAGCUGCUGCUGCUGCUGCCUCUGCCCACACUAGUGGGACCUGCUGGGAAAUAGCCAGUGCGAAUUAGGACUAGGCCAGGGAUGAAAGAACUAACAUGCCCUCCCACCCCAUCUACUUACCCUCAAAGCCAGAGACAAAUGGGAAGUUAGGCUGCCAGGGGAGAGCUUCUGGAGCCACAAGGCGGAGGCUUUGCCAGGGUUCAGUUCUGCGAGUGACCAGAAUUCUCGCUGCAAAUGUGCUGCUCAAAGAUGCAGGAUUUUUUUUUUUAAUAAACAGAGGAAAUGAUAAAUUAUGUUGUAACUCCACUCCAAAGGCAUUUGGUUCUUAACAGCCAAAUCCUCUGUAGUCUUUAAAUAAACAAAACUUAUUUGGUGAACAGACGGGGGUGGGGAGGGAUGAAAGAUUUUCAGUACUUGGGUUCCACAUGUCAACAAUUUCUCUCCUGUGUGUAUGUUGGCCAAAGCCAUAUAUCAUGAUAAAUGAAUAAAGGAAAGCCCUGAGCCCAGGGCGGUGAGACAGCUCAGCAAA